AUGUUUUCAUUUUUUAAAAAGUCUAAAAUUAAAAAAUCUGAACCAAUUAUUAGUGAAAAUAAAGAAAAUAAUAUACAUGAUUAUUCAACAUCUGUUGUAUCACCAAUAACACAUGACAAAAAUCUCACGAAUGAUAAUAUUCACGUUAAUAUUAUUCAAAAUUCAUCCGAUAAACUUUUAUUCACCUAUAAUUCGAGUGAGCCAAGUCCCCGUGAACUAUCAAGUUUAUCACCACCUCAAAAAACUUGUCUUGCACAUACAAUAGGUACAACACCAUCAUCAAGUCAAAUAGGUAGAAGUGACCUUAGUCGAAUAUUAACAUCUGGUUAUUUAAAUGGUGAAGAAAAUAUGGGUUAUAUGAAAAGAAGUGGUCAAGAUCAUAAAAUUUCAUGUACUAAAUCAUUGCAAUUUCAUCAACCAAUUGGUUUUUCAUACAAUCGAACACAAACAUUUACUGUACCGGGAACUAAAAAAGGCAUGAAAGCCUUAGUAACAGGACAAACAAAAAUUCGUAAAGUUCAUUGUUCAACUCCAAAAUCUGUUACCACAACAACAACAACGACAACGACAACGCCUGAUCAUGAAUCAACAAUUGAAACUGAACCAAUUGUACUUUCUCGUUAUUCAGGUGGUUUUAUUCCUGAUCCUACAGCACCAAAAAAAAUCGAAUCCCUUGAUUGGCCAGCACCAAUUGCACUUCAAGCAGUACCCGAAUUAAUGAAGUCUCAUCGAAGUCAAAGUGAAUCUCAUUCAAAUCAUAGUGAUACAAUAUCGGAUACUAAUGAUCAACAAAUUCUUAAUGAAAUUAUGUCACAUAAUAAUCAUGGUGAUGACGAUAAUGAUAAUGAAUUACGUCAUGAUGAAAAAUUAGAAAAAGAUAUUAAUGAGAUGUCAAAAAUCAAAGAAUCAUCUGGUAUGGCACAUGCAUUACUUGAAGAUUUACGUAUACAAGAAAAAAUUAUUUCAAGACAAUUACCACUUGAUCCAUGGAAAGCAUCGCGUUCACCAUCAGCAGCUAUUGAACCACCAAGACGUUGUCGUUUCGAAACACCAACAUUUGCGUCACCAUCACGACGUGUACAUACACAUUCAUCAUCAACAACUAAUCAAGACGAUAGCCUUGCUGGUUUAUCAGCAUCAAUUUUCACAACACCAGCUGGAGGGAAACGUAUUACUUUACCAAGAUAUCAACAAAGAUGUGAAACAUUAGUACUUCGGCCUGAUGAUAGCCUUUCACCUUCACCUAAAACUCAAACAUUAUCACAUCGUCUUGAUAUAGAAAGAAGUUGUGAUUUAGAUUCAACGACAAAUUCAAGUUAUUCAAAUGAUGGAGAUCAAAAUAAAUCAACCAAGACGGUUAAUGCUGAUGGUGGUUAUAUACAAUCACGUCAUGCACAUUCAACACAUUCUGCUCCAGCUUUAAUGAGUAAUCCAAAGAUUUAUCCAUAUGAAGAAUUGAAAAUUAUGUUUCGAAAACGAUUACCAUCAGAUGUUAAUCGUGAUCAUCUUGAACGUCAUUUAUCUGAUAAUGAAUUUCAUAAAUUAUUUCAAAUGACACGAAUGGAAUAUUAUCGUUUACCUGAUUGGCGUCGUACUGAUCUGAAAAAACGUCUGAAGCUUUUUUAA